CCCCCCGGAGUAGCAGGGCGUGCUCUUCGCCCUGUUCCUGGGCAUGUACCUGACCACGGUGCUGGGGAACCUGCUCAUCAUGCUGCUCAUCAGGCUGGACUCGCGCCUCCACACCCCCAUGUACUUCUUCCUCAGCCACCUGGCCCUCUCUGACGUCUCCCUUUCAUCUAUCCCGGUUCCAAAGAUGCUCAUGAACAUGCAGACACGGCAGCAAUCCAUUCCCUAUAUGGGGUGCAUCUUUCAGAUGUAUUUCUUCAUACUUUUUGGUUGCCUUGACAAUUUCCUUCUUGCAGUGAUGGUGUAUGACAGGUAUGUGGCCAUCUGUCAGCCACUCCACUACACCACUGUCAUGAGGCAGGAGCUCUGUACCUCAUUAGUAGCUGGGUCCUGGUUCUUCUGUUGCAUCCAUGCCCUGUUGCACACCCUCCUCUUGGUCCAACUGUCCUUCUGUGCUGAUAACACCAUCCCCCACUUCUUCUGUGACCUCCCUGUGCUCCUGAAGAUGAGCUGCUCAGACAUCUCCCUCAAUGAGCUGAUCAUCUUUACUGAGGGAGGAAUGCUUUUUGUCCUGCCUUUGAGUAGUAUCUUGGGCUCAUAUGUCCAUAUAGGGACCAGUGUCCUGAGGGUCCCCUCCACUAAGAGACUCUGUAAAGCCUUGUCUACCUGUGGCUCCCACCUCUUUGUGGUGUCUUUAUACUAUGGGACACUCGCAGGUGUUUACUUUUUCUCCUCAUCAGGGAGCUCCAGUGACAAAGACAUCAUUGCUUCCGUCAUGUAUACAGUAGUCACCCCCAUGCUGAAUCCCUUCAUCUACAGCCUGAGGAACAGAGAUAUAAAACAGGCCCUAGAAAUACUUGUAAGUAGGGUUAACUUCUUUAAGUGA